AUGGAACCAAGAAACGAAGAAGAAAUCAACUUCGUUGGUGAGGACCAAGAGAUGUACCGCCUUCUCGUGAACAAGGACGAAGGCGACGAAGUGUCUGCCCAGGAAGGAUUGCUCAACCGGUUCAAGUCGUACAGUAUCCUCAUUGGAGCCUGCUGUGGUAUCUUUGUUCAGCUGUCUACUCUCGGAGCAAAUUUCCUGCUUGUCGCCAUGUGGGGUGAUGAUGUACUGGCUCAGAGAAGCCCGGAGGGCGCCAUGGCAUUCUCCCUGGCCUGGAGUUUCUUCACCUCCUGCAUGGCCUUGCUUGUAUUGGCCCUUCUCCGCGGCAUGAUCACCACUAUUCUGGAUGCCAACUCCGUGAUGGAUGGCACUCCCGAAAGAGAUACUCUGAUGAUGACGGUUGAAGUCCGCUACGUUGUUGGGGCAUUGGUUGGAGUGUGCUUCGCCUGGACUUGCACCGACCUCCUCCUCGGCAUGCAGUCAUUGGCAUUCUACUCCCUGGGAACGCUUGUUGUUGCUCUGGUUUGGUCCAGAGCAAUGAUUUGGUGCUUCGUCACCCAGUCGGAUGACGACGCUGAGGAAGUGACUAAAGAUCAACAAGAAUCAGACUCUGCAACUUGCGGACCCCACGCCGUCUGA